AAUGGCACUGUACAGAAGGCAGCGUAAAUUCAACAUGGCGGACUAUUUUAAUCAUACUGUCAUUUGACGGCCUUUUCCCAUGCACAAAAACGCCAAAGCCUCCCCAAAACCUAGUAAAGAGCUUUCAUAAGGACAUGGCAAGUACUAGGCGCCGUGUCAAAGUUUAUACUUUAAACGAAGACCGACAAUGGGAUGACCGAGGAACGGGGCACGUGUCUUCGUCGUACGUUGAGCGUCUACAAGGAUUGUCCAUCAUGGUUCGAUCCGAAGAAGACGGGUCGAUAUUACUGGAGUCAAAGAUUCAACCGCAUACAGCUUACCAGAAACAACAGGAAACGCUGAUAGUUUGGUCUGAAGGAGAGAAUUGCGAUCUUGCUUUAAGUUUUCAAGAGAAAGCUGGUUGUGAUGAAGUCUGGGCGAAAAUUUGCCAGGUCCAAGGAAAAGACCCUUCUGUUACUAUUACACAAGAAUUACCCGAAGAUGACGAUUCUGAGGAUAGAUUUGAAGAAGUUAUGGACUCCUCUGGUCCCGUCGAACUUCCUCCUUGCGAGUUGAACAAGUUGGAAGAGAUAUCGGAGUUUUUGAGUGGAGUUCCUCCGCCACAAUUGAGAGAAAAAAUCGCACUAGCCAUCGAACAAGAGAAUUAUAUCAAGAAAUUACUGGAGUUAUUCCACAUGUGUGAGGAUCUAGAGAACAUGGAAGGGCUUCAUUACCUCUUUGAUAUCUUUAAAUCGCUGUUUUUAAUGAAUAAACCCUCGCUUUUGGAAACUAUGUUGUCGGACGAAAACUUGUUCGACGUUAUUGGAUGUCUAGAGUACGAUCGAAAUUCUYCUGAGCCGAGAAGACAUAGACAUUUUUUACAAGAAGAAGCUCAUUUUACAGAAAUCAUUCCUAUAUCGAACCCGGAGUUGAUCGCCAAAAUAAAACAAACUUACAGAGUACAGUAUAUUUACGAUGUGAUUCUACCUCCACCGACUGUCUUCGAGGAAAACCAGUUGGCCUCUCUCGUAUCCUUUGCGUUUUUUAACAAAAUUGAGAUUGUUUCACAUAUACAGGAAGAUGAAAAGUUUAUGUCCGAGCUUUUUACACAGUUAACAGAUGAAGAUACAGCAGAAGAACGAAGGAAGAAUUUGGUGUCAUUCUUGAAGGAACUUGUCAAUUUCUCUGCACAGUUACAGCUUCAGCAAAAAGAUGAGUUUUUCAAGUGUCUUUCUCAUCAUGGACUUCUCUCGGCACUGGAAAUGUUGCUAAAUAAUGACAAUGAAAGCACAAAGCUAACAGCAGUAGAUAUCAUCAGCCAGCUAGUUGACAUCACUCCUUAUCUUGUGAGGGAGUUUAUUAUGCAAGAAGGAAAGUCACCAGAAGAGGACAUGUUGAUAAACCAGAUUAUAGACUACAUGAUUUGUGAUGGAGACACUGGGAAUGCAUUCCAGCUUGCACAGCUGGUUAGAUCAUUGUUGGAUCCAGAAAAUAUGGCCCUGGGACCAAAUAAAAUGGAGAAGACAGAGUUUCUUAGUUUCUUCUACAAGCACUCCAUGCAUGUGCUGACAGCACCCCUCUUUGCUGCCACUUCAGACUUCAAGUAUCAUAAAGAUGACUAUGUCUCUUCAGUCACGUUAAGUCAUAUCCUUGAACUCUUAACCUUCUGUACUGAACACCAUACAUUUCAUAUCAAGAACUAUAUCAUUGGUAAAGAYCUGCUGAGACGUGCUCUUAUUACCAUGAGAUCCAAACACAAGUUUUUAGUUUUAAAUCAAGUCUUUGUGUACAUACGUAUGUGAGGAAUAUUACCAGUUCUUUAAGGAUGUAGACUAUGUAAGCACAUUCAAAGGACUUCUCUUGAGAAUGGAGCAGGAGAAAGACAGGAAACAAAACAAUAAAAUAGACAGAGAUGACCAACUAACCGUUCUGGAUGACAGUUCCAUUGUCAGGGGUCCCAAUCAUGGAAUUAUUCAUGUUAAUAGUCGGUUUCGACGUGAUGCRCGCGCUAUGGAAGAAGACGAGGAGACAUGGUUUGAUCAAGGUGAAGAAGAAAAYGGAGAUGAYAYAGGKUUACACCAAGAUGACUUACUUGAUGGCGAUGACCAAGAAUUUAAACCAAGGAAAGCAUUCAACUCUARUAAAGCCAACCGACUAGCAAGAGACAUCCGCUAAUGGGUCUAGUGGAUUACCCAGACGAUGACGAGGAAGAUGAUGACGAUGACACCUCAUCUCCAGCCAAGAGAAUGCGUCUAAACACUACCUAACAGUACUGUAGCUAUGUAUAUUAGAUCAAACAUACUAGACUGCUGUUGCAUGCCAAGAUAUGGAGGUGAUGGAGACAUUAGUGGAACAUCAGUUAUUCCAGGGGUGUAUGUAGUGCCCCUAGAAAAGAGUCACACAAGCAUUCAAGACAACAGCAACAACACCUAACAAUCUUCAGCCGGAGAAUACCCUGAAGAGUGAAUUAAACUAAUACUUGUAGUUAAGCCAUAGAUUCACACCAGAAAUACUCAACAAAAAAAAGUUAUUAAAMGUGUGACUAAAUAUCUGUAUAAUGUAAAACAAACUGCUCAAAAUCCGAUUAAUUUUUAAUCAACUUUAAAACAGCUUAUGCUGGGUUUUUAAAAGCUUUAUAAUUUUUUUUU